GUAGGCCUGCCAUGGAUGAGGCACAGGAGCCUCUAGCCUUGACUGUGCAUCUUCUUGCGGACACUGGGAACGGCUCGCUUUUGCAGCAGGCUCUGGACCAACUCCUGGAUUGUAUCUGCCCAGAGGUGCGUCUCUUCCUGGUGUCUGAACGGGCCAGACCAGUAAAUUACCAUGAAAAGUACCAUCCCCGGAGGGUCCGCUUCCCAGGGAUGUCGGUUUUGCUCUUUCUUCAGGAAAGCCUGGGACAGGAACGGCUGUUUCGAGUCCUGGACUUCCUACAGCAUUCACCCUGGCAGGGUUUUCCUACCCAGCAUGCACAGGGGAGGCCUUGUCCUUAUCUCCCUGCCAAUCAGGAAUUCUACAGCCUGCAUAACCAGAUGCCAGUGUGGGGCGUGAGGCCGGUGCACUGUGGCUCUGACAUCCUCAGGGUGACACUAUACUGCAGUUUUGAUAACUACGAAGAUGCCAUCAGACUCUAUGAGAUGCUCCUACAGAGAGAUGCCACGGUGCAAAAGAGUAACUUCUGUUUCUUUGUCCUCUAUGCCACUGAGGGCUUCAGCCUACAGCUCUCCCUGAAGCAGCUGCCCUUGGGAAUGUCAGUGGACCCCAAAGAGUCUUCUGUGCUGCAGUUCAGGGUUCAAGAGAUCGGCCAGCUGGUACCUCUACUACCCAAUCCGUGCGUUCCCAUCAGCAGCACCAGAUGGCAGACCCAGGACUACGAUGGCAACAAGAUUCUGCUGCAGGUCCAGCCGAAGCCGGGACUUGGUGUUAGGAAUGGCGAGUGUCCCUUCCUGAACGGCAGCUUGAGAGGUGACAAGCAUCGACAGGGCUCCAGGCUGAACUCCGUCUCCACACAGAGAACCCUAGAGCCAAGGAGCCGGAGGAACAGGGACCGGAGAUUCAAAGUCCAUUCUCUGGAGCUGCCGCAGCCCAGCGGCACAUCAGAAAACUCCAGCGACCCUCUGUGGAGAAGCCCUGGCUGGUCCUCCCUGGCCCACAGCUCAGCCACAGGCACGCGGCAGCACCGACUGUCUAUUCCCGUGGAAGGCGAGGUGAGAAGGAUGGGCCUUAAGGACAGCAGCUUGGAGAAAUUCGAGGCGGAGACGAACGUUGACACUGGCUUCACCGUCGUCAAUUCCGAACCCAGGCGAUCUUUUCCGAGCAGAUUCCCCAGGGAUCCUCAGAGCAGCCAGCCGGCAGCCCACUCCUUAGAAGUAAGCACUUCCCCAAACCAAAGAGUCUUUAAGGAUAGACUCUGCCCUCUUCCUGGUCAGAGGGACUUUGGUGCAAAGAAGCUGAUCUCAAGAUGUUCCCAUCACCUGCCUGUCCAGGGUGAAGAGAAAGAAGAAUUCUUUAUAUAG